AUGCCACCACGUCUCCACCGACCCAUCUUCCGCACCACCACUUCCCCUCUCCGCCCGACCCUCCGUUCCCUCUCAACAACCCAACCACUCCGCCAACACCGACCCACGCCCCCCCCAGCAUCAGACACCCCUUCACCCCCCCGCUACAACUUCUACCGCACGCACGGCCGCGCCUUCUUCAAGUCAUUUACUUUAGCCUUCCUAACAAUGCAGCUCGUGCAGUGGGCGUGGCUGGUGGCGGAGACGGAAGAGGAAAAAGACGCGCGCAACGCCGAGAUCCGGAAGUUGGAGGGGGAGGUGAGGCUGUUGGGGGAGGGGAGGGGGAGUCAUCGGCUUAAGGGGGUGGGUGUGGGUGGUGCUGGAAUGGAUGAGGAGGAGGGGUGA